CGACUACCCUACCGUAAAGUCAUCAAAAUCGUCAACGAGUCAAUUCCAGUUGCGAACGCACGUCUACGCGUAAUAUCGUUGCCGUUCAUUCAUUUAGUCGCUCUUGACUUUAUUGAGAACAAGUUCGUUUCCUCUCCUGUCGUUUUAAUUUUGCUUCCUCAAAAACACCUGAACUGUCAACAUGUCUGGACGUGGUAAAGGUGGAAAAGGAUUGGGAAAAGGUGGCGCCAAGCGUCAUCGUAAAAUCCUCCGUGACAACAUCCAAGGUAUUACCAAGCCCGCCAUUCGUCGUCUUGCCCGUCGUGGUGGUGUCAAGCGUAUUUCUGCCCUUGUGUACGACGAGACGCGUGCUGUGCUGAAGCUUUUCCUCGAGAACGUUAUUCGGGACGCUGUCACAUACACAGAGCACGCCAAAAGAAAAACCGUUACCUCUCUUGAUGUCGUUUAUGCUCUCAAGCGCCAAGGCCGUACCAUCUAUGGUUUCGGCGGAUAAGCUAUUUCGCCAUUGUAUUUUAAUUGCUGGUUCCUGGGGUAUGACUGUAAUGAAUACUGUUGUUAUGUUAAGCUA